AGAGUUAUGUAAUUCACUCAGUCAAAGAUGUUACUAGCCGUCGUUUCAUUCCUCUGUCCGUGUGUAUGAAGUUUUCCGGUGGUCAGUUCUGAAGUUUUCCAGUUGUCACUUCCACCACGGCUCCUGGGAAGAGUGAGAAUGUGUCGGCCGCUGGCCCUCCUGGAGUACCCAUGUCCAGUCUAGGAUGUAGCUAUGUCCAGCCCAGGAUGAGCCCAUGGACACUACCAGACAGCGGCGGUGGUGGAGCGGGCACAAUGACGUCAUCGGGACGUCACACCAGCCACGGCCACCAGGGUGACCCGUUGACCUCUGACCCCGCCCGUGUGACCUUACACCUGAUCGCCGACACGCACGAGGUCUACCCUCUCAUUGACCUCUAUCAGCCUGUACUGGACUGGGUUGACCCCAACUUGCACCUCUUCCGGGUCACGGAGCAUGCGCACACAGCUGCUACAGACGUUACGUCCGGGAGUCGGUGCCGGGAACACAGCGUGACGAGGGAUGGGUCAAGUGGUCAGCCCAAUGACCAGUGUCCUGACCUGCCUGCGAUAGCUGUGAUGGUCUUCCUUCGGACGCCCGACACGGCGAGCUCAGAACUGGGUCAGGACGGACUCCGAGAGCGGGAGAGACUGGAAAGCGCGCGAAAUCUGUUCCGCUACAGGCCCUGGAAGUUUCACCACAGCGAGAAACUAGGUCAAGGCAAAAUCAACGCGGUCCCUGGUGCCUCGCGCGAGUUUUUCUACACGUCACGUGACCUCCCGCUGUGGGCCUUGAGGCACGUGCAUUACGGUCGUGAGCACGUGCGGUAUGUCUUAUACACCACGGAGGACUCUUGGCCGGACCAAGUGCACUUCUACAGACUCAUCCUGGGGAUCGAACCCGAUCUCCUCAGAGACGACUUCUGCUUGUUCACCCUCCACGCACAGCCCGAGUACGACGUUCAGUUCGCGCUGAAGAGAGUCGAACCCGGGACGCAGGUGCUGAGACUGGACAGCGUGCACAUCCAGGUGAAGGUCAAAGACAUCGGUCAGCUGGUCCCGCUGUUCCCCAACGUGUGCCGUCCUGUGAGUGACGUCACGUGGCAAACAACAGACCACGAGGGCAACACAGUCGUCCUGGAUGUGGUCCGGACCCCGCUCGGGCCUGGACUCGGCUCGCAAAAGACUAAGAGCUCUGUCUCGCGCAGGAACUCUGCGCCUCCCACAAACGCUGUCAGAAAACGUGAGGGACUUCAGAGCCAAACCAGCGACCAAUCAGCAUAUCAGAACCAAACCAGCGACCAAUCAGCAUAUCAGAACCUAACGAGCGACCAAUCAGCAUUAUAUCAAAACAUCGCAGCAGCACCCACCUCUAAAAAUGGCAUCUACCGAAACUUUCCCGUGUCAGAAGACCGGAACUAUCGUAUCCGCCCCGUACUUUCAGACGGCGGCGAUAUUCGUGAUAUCAAUCGACUCUCGACCGCUGAAAGUGUCGUGUUCGAUACUCACUCGGGUGACGUCAGCGCUGACGACUUCGACCUACCUCAUGUGACGUCAUCCCGAAUGAAUGUGACCCCGGAAGAGGACGAGGAGAGUUUGACCUUGACCAACACGUCAGAGGAGAGCGGUAUUCAGGUGCACCAGGGGUCGGAUGACUUGUCCUUCUGUGAGGACGAGCCUCUCAAACCGUGUCUCCACAAAGUCCGAGCCUCCAGAAUUCGAGCUGUGAAGUUCCGUGUACGCUUCAAGGAAGAGGUGGAAGCGUUUGAGGACGAUGUGUUUAGUAGACUCUCCUCCGGCAUCGAUUCUGAGGAUCAGAGCGACGACGAGAUGGCGACGAGUUUCCGAUACAUACCGCAGUCCACGACACCAUCGUCGCUGGGGGAUUCGAACCCGCCUCCUCCGUCUUCAACAGCUGUUGGUCCUACAGACUGGACCACAUGUCCACCAAACGGUCAAGAAAAUGGUGUCGGGAGCAGUGACCACUUGGGUCAAGGGGCAGUAAUGGAUAGACUCACACACCAACCAAAAAAUCCUCUGGAGGGAUCUGGUUCCAGACUCAUGACCGUGUCUGGUACAAUAGGAGGUCAAAGUUCAACAACAGGCCAGCCUCCCUCCUCGCCCCGCCCUCCGCCCACACAGAAAGAAAACCAAGACCCGCCUCCACCUCCAUACGUGCCCCCACCUCAUCGCCGCGCGCCCAAUAGCUCCUCCCCCUUGUCAUCGGACAAUGUCAACUGUGCUACGCCACGCCCCCUUCACCCUCCUCCCUACUCACACAGACACUCCUCCACCCCCAGUCCCGGUAUACCCAUUGGGAAAGCUCCGCCCAGCUACGAUUCUAUUCGCUCAUCUCGGAGUUUCUCCUCCCCCUCGCCCCUCCCCUCGCCGGCAGACAGCGGCAGACUGUCCCACCCGCAGUAUUCUUCCACAAACGGCAACUCCCCUCGCCCGCCUUCCUCCUGCAGCAUUACCUCCCCUGGCCCCGCCGCCCUUCCCGCCCGCCCGGAGUCGCGACAGUCUCAGUACGUCACAGGACCGUGUCUGAAAACCCUGGACCAGAACCUCAACCCCUCCCCUUCCCCCUCCCCCUCCCCCCGACAGCAAACUGUGUCCGGUGUGAAGUCGGUAGACCGCCCGUCCAGGAAAGACGCCAACUCUUCUUGCGGGCAAGAGGAGACUCCCCUUAAGUUCACCUUAAAGUUUGACACUUGUCCUACCUCAGGGCUAAAGUCCCGCGAGGAACAGAUCGGAUUCUAUGUGUGACACCAGCUCAUUUUUCCAGACAAUUUCACUUCAUUAUAGUUAUUAUUGUGAAUCUUGCCAAAGUCAGAGAAAUCCGCCAGUACAUUUUUCGUAAUAGAUCUAAUUAUAAUUUGCAAAAGGUCUGGGUUUUCUUUUCAAAAAAAGGUUUUCUCGAAUGAAAUAUUGAAAAUAAUAGAAGACCUCAUUGGAAAUUAUUUAUGUUGCAAAACUGAAAUUAUUGAACUACUAACUUUAACAUUAUUAUUAUGUUAUGGCUUUCUUCCCUAAUGUAUUCUCAAAAACUGUCAAACAAACUUUUAAGGUGCUUAGUUCACAGUGAGAGGCCCUCCUUAAAAUGGGAUCUAUUAAGGAAAACUGUCAAUGUCCAGCAUGUUUUGAACUUCAAAAUUUGGUUUUCUCUAAAUCUGAAAGUGUAACUUUGAUCAGUUUGCCAUUGUGGUCUUCAUGUGAAAUGCUGAUCAGGAACUUUCUUGGAAUGUGGAUUAAAAUUGAUAGGGGUAAUGUUGAAGAUGUUUAACUCCUACUGUAAUGUUUGUUUUGAGUACUACUAAAACUGAAUGUUGUAAAGUAUUUCUUUUCGGCGCCAAAGUUUAUCUAUAAUUGACCUAGUUCCUUUCUGAGCAAGCAUCAGAACGUACAUGGGGAAGGUUUGACCUAGAAAUAAUCUUCCAAGGGUUGUCCAGUUGGACAUACUACUGACCGCCCUCUGGUAGUCUCUUUGCUGUCGCCUGCAAUAGGUGAGAGUUUGAUUCCAACUCGGAGCAGCUUGGCGUGUCCAAGAUCAGCGCACUCCUUGUGUUGGCGUGGAGUACAACCAACACAGCUACUGGCGAGC